AUGACUAUGUGUUUGGAAAGGUGUAUUAGCCACACGAGCGUUGAGGAUUCCGUCGUGCAUGUCUGGGAAAGGAUUUGGAAGAUGUUCAAAAUUACCCAUUUGAAAGAAGUAGCAGUCGGCGACAAUGGAGAGAGGUUUGGAGAUCGUACGGCAACUCAUCUGCUAGAGGGUCAGAAGCGACAUGGUCAAGUAGAUAUUCAUGAAAUGCGGUGGGAAGAAGGUUUUAUUUAG